AUGUUCGAAGAGAAACUUGUCGUCGGUGUGGCCUCCACCUGCUCCACCUUGGCCAUCGUUGCCUGCCUUCUGGUUGUACCCUCUCUGUACAACACUAUCAACGAAAUCCACGAUGAGGUUCUCGACGGAGUCUCUGUGUUCCGCGUUGAGACCGACGCUGCAUGGGCCCAAAUGAUGGACUACCAAGUCACCGUCUCUCCACCAUCCAAGCCUCGCCAGAAUCCAUUCGCCUCAAUCUUCCGUGAGAAGAGACAGGCCCUCCCAGCUUACUGCCAGUGCACUCCUCCAACUGUCAACUGCCCACCUGGACCACCAGGACCACCAGGACAGCCUGGACAGCCUGGACAACCUGGACAACCUGGACCACCAGGACCAGACAACACCGUCACCUACGCUCCCAUCCAAUGCCCUGGCAGCAACCCUGGUUGCAUCGAUUGCCCACCAGGACCACCCGGACCACCCGGAAAUGACGGACAGCCCGGUAACCCUGGACCCGACGGACAGCCCGGACAGCCCGGACAGCCCGGAAACGAUGGACAACCCGGACCACUCGGACCUCCCGGAGAUGCUGGAUCACCAGGAAACCCAGGACCCGACGGACAACCAGGAAACCCAGGACAAGACGGAACCACUGGAACAGGCACCCCUGGAGGCCCUGGACCCGCUGGACCCCAAGGACGACCCGGAAACAACGGAGGACCAGGACAGGCUGGACAACCCGGAAACAUUGGACCACCUGGACCAGCUGGACAACCUGGAGCUCCAGGAAAUCCUGGACCCGAUGGACAGCCCGGACAGCCUGGAGGACCAGGAACUCCUGGAAAUGAUGCUGCCUACUGUCCUUGCCCACCUCGUUCUACUGUAUACGUCAAUCGUCGCAAGCUGGCUAAGCACUAA